GCUUUUCCCAAUUCCAGCUCCAAAGUUGUUGCACAUGUUGUUUUACUCUAAAUUAUUGAAGAUUCCAUUCUUUCAAAUAUUUAUAGUUGUUUUUUCAUAGACAUAAUUGGCAGAGAUGGGCAUAAGUGGCAAGCUUGUUAGAAGCGUCUUCUCCAAAAGCCAGAUGCAUAGCCAUCAAGGGAGCAAUGGUUCAGAGAAAAGGAAAUGGAGUAGCUCAGUGCGAUCCUACUUAUGCGGCGAGGAGCAUAGCUCACUCGAGGACUCCGCCUCCACGGUGGCGGAGACCGAAUUUGCUUCAUUUAGAAGCAAUGACAAGAGUACGAGGGGCAGCCGGCCAGAGGAGGAUACGGCUUCUGUGGCCACGGUCAACCAGCCGGCGCAAAACUCAACCUACAAACUCUUCCAGCAGGAAGAUGCUGCCUUCAUCAUUCAGUCAGCAUUUAGAAACUUUAUGGCAAGGCGUGAGGAGAAACAUGGCGCCGCCAGUCCGAGUAGAGAGUCUGUAGGCACAUCACUGGAGGUUCAAACUGCCAAUUCAUCCCACAUUUUCUCUACCAAGGACGAAAGAGCCGAUGUCUGCCAUCUUCUACGUCGGCCAACUCGAGCUCAAGUGCUCAAAAUCCAGGAGGAUUGGGAUGAUAGCACUGUGAGCAGUGUGAUAUCCAAGAUGAGAAUGCAGAACAGGCUCGAAGCAGCAGCUAGGCGCGAGAGGGCUCUCGCCUACGCUUCCUCACAACAGUUAAGGAUCUGUUCGAAGAAGCACAGCAGCGGUGAGGAGUCAAACAUGGGGUGGAACUGGCUGGAGCGGUGGAUGGCAGCGCGAGAGCCAGAGAUGAAGCUGAUAGCAGACGACACGAAAGCAAUGGUAAGGAAUGCAGCAGUGAUGGAGGAGAAGGAGAGCUGUGGAUCAAAUGAGGUUUCUUCACUAUUUGAAAUCUCUAAUUCUCUCCCCAAGAAUCUUCCAAAGCCAACCAACAAGCCUAGGAAUCUAGUUAAAAGAAGCUUCUCUAGGCAGAGCUCCACAUCAAGCCAUUUGACCCCAAAAAUGAGACAGUGCAAUGAUUGACGUUGGAGUUAAUCAAUUUGUAUAGAUGGAGUAUAAAUGUAUCGUUUGUAUCUCGAUCGCCCCUUUAAAUUUCUUGUAUAUUUUGUCGUUUGCACAAUAAUGAUCGAUUAGAACUCGCAUAUUUCUUCAAUGUUGUAAGUUGAAAUACUUGUUGUCUACGUGCAAGAUUAAGCACGUAUGAGUACUCA